AUGCCAAGAUUCAAGGCUACUCCACAACAGAUUUAUUUGAACGAUAAACGAGAACUCUCUGAGGGUGAAGAAGAAGAAGAAGAAGACGGGGAGGACGAGGAAGAGGAAGCAGACGAAGGAGAAGAAGAAGGUGAGGAACAUAUAGAUGACGAGGAUAAAGAAGUUAAUGCUGAAUCGCCUGACAAGGAUCAAGAGGAAGAUAUGCAUUACAAAAAUGACCUAAAUGACAACCAUACUACUAUUAAUGGUGAUAAUGAUAAUAAUAACAGUAGUAUAAUUGAUCAGAACGAGAAUAAUUCAUGCAUAGAUGAGGCUGAUGAUGAACAACUCUCUGUCAGUGAUACUAGCCCUCAGAAGAAGUUGUCUUUAUCACUGAUGAAAAGACCUCCUCCUCACCUUACUGAUACCAACGAUGAUAAUGAUGAUGAUGACGACGAUGAUCAUGAAAAAAAGCGAAGAAAGACAACCUUAGACAAUUCAUCAGAAACUAGAAUUUCAGCCCCGGUGACUUCAGAAUGCCUGAAUAGUUUACAGACAGCUGCUUUUCUAGCACAAGCUGCUGCUGUUGCUACCGUCGCAACUGUUGCUGCUCUCUCCUCUGGACCUUUAAUUCCAAUAUUUCCAUCGGAUACACCACCAAUAGCCCCGCUUGGAUUAUCAUUACCACCUCCACCUCAGCCUAAUCCACUACAAACCGGCGGUGGCAGUAAUCAAGACGUUGACGAUGACGCAGAAGGCAACUAUAGUCAAGGUGAUGGUGAAGCUGAUGAUAAUGAACAAUUACCUUCAUCGUGUAAAUCACGUGAACGUGAAAAACAACAAAUUAAUUGUCCUGUUUGUUGUAAAACAAUGUUACGUGGUUCAUUACGUGAACAUAUGGAUCGUCAUGCUAAUAGUGGUAAAUAUAAAUGUAAUCAAUGUGAGAAAACAUUUAGUCGGGCUAGUGCACGUGAAAAACAUAUACGUACACAUACUGGUGAACGGCCUUUCAAGUGUAAUUUAUGCCCUAAAGCUUAUCGUCAAAAAGUUCAUUUAAAUGAACAUUUACGUUCACAUACUGGUUUAAGACCAUAUUUAUGUAAAUUAUGCGGUUUUUGUUCUGCUUCAAAAUCUUUAUUAAAUCGUCAUUUACGUAGUCAUGGUAUACAAAAAAAAUUAGAUCAAAAUUCUAAUAUUUGGAUGAAAAUUGAUGCACCAAAAGAAGAAGUAUUAAAUAUUGCUGCUGAAGUUGGUAGAGUUCUAUCACAAAAACAAAAUGAUAACAACAUUAAUCAUACUACUACUAACAAUCCAACAAAUAGUAGUAUUAGUAGUGUUGAUUUAAAAUCAAUCUAUACUCCUGUUACUCCUUCUAAUAUUAAUAUUACUACUAGUGCUACAAAUGAUUAUUUACAACAAUUAACAACAUCCAAUGGGACAGCUUCACUACUCAUUGGUCGUAAACACUUAUGUCAUUUAUGUCCAGCUGGUUUUCCAACUGUUCAAGCCUUAAGAAGUCAUCGUAUGAUAACGCAUAAUGUUAUAGCACCGCAUAAAUGUCCACAAUGUGAUGAAGCAUUUACCUCAGUGAAAUUAAUGGAAGCACAUUUAAGAAAAAAUCAUCCAAAGAUUUGUCCAAUAUGUUCAAAAAAGAUGUCUGAACGUCGAAAAUGGAUGGUUGAAGAGCAUAUUAGAAAAGUCCAUCCAGAGGCUGUUGAAACUUACUGUCCAAAUAAUAAUAAUAAUAAGAAAUUAAGAAAGAUUAGACCAAAACCAAUCAACACUACCACCACGAUGACGACUUCUACUUCUACUGUUACUGCCUCGACUGCUUCUACUAGUACUGCUAAUCCUACGGUUACUCCUAAUCCUAGUGCUUCUAUCAUCACUGGUAUACUUGUUGUUAAUAAUACUGAUACAAGUCAUCAACCCGUCUCUAAUGUCAAAAAGGCUUCUUCUUCUAACAGUUGUCAACCAACAGAAUUACAAAAAUGGGAAUAUUUCAGACCAGAUAAAGUGAAUUCUUCAAGCGACGAGGAUGACGACAACGAUGGUGACGAUACUGAUGAUGACAUUGACGAGGAAGAAGAAGAAGAGAAUGAUGAUGGUGAUAACGGUGAUGAAAAUGACGAGGAUGAAGAGGAAGAGGAUGUCCCUGAGAGGGAUCAAGAAAACCAGGAGAAUAACGACGACGACGACGCCGACAACAACAGCAACACCAUCAACAAUAACAACAACAACCAAGUAGACGAGAAACUGACAAACAAUAAACACAAGUCGAAUAAAUCCAAAACAUCAAAGAAUACUGAGUUUAUCGAUGAAAAUACCACGACCUAUUCAAUAGACAAUGAACAAUUAGAUGAAAAUAGUUUACUCGAGCAUAUAAACGAUGAUGAAAUCCAGGAAUUCCCCUUAGGGAUAUGA